AUGUGGCGAUUUCAGAACCGCAUCCCGCAUUCCAUCGCCACCGCCGAGAUUUGCCUUGAAAACCCGGCACUCGACCUCAAGCGAUUCCCGCCCCCUCGAUUGCCGUUAGCGGAUUCGCCAUAUCCGAUGAACGUUGACGUCAGCGUGGAGCGUGGGCUUGGGUGA